AUGUCUCUGUCUAAAUGCGGCAAGAAGCGAAAAAUCGAUUUGGAAUGCCGGGCAUUCAAUGAUCAAUGGACAAAUGGUUAUUUAUUUGUUCAACAUAAGGAUAAGGCGUUAUGCCUCGACUGUAAAGAAGCGCUUUCAGUAUUUAAAGAAUACAACCUGCGUCGACACUACCAGUCCCACCAUCGCGACAAGUACGACUCUCUGAUGUCCGGAGCCAGAGCCGCGAAGAUCGAAAGUUUGAAGAGCCUGGGCAUGCAGCAAGACGUCUUCAAGAAGAACGUCCAGGAGAAGAUGGCUUUGGUUCAGGCCAGCUACUCAAUCUCCAAGUUGGUCGCAGAAAGUGGGCGGCCUUUUACGGACGGGGAGUUUGUUAAAAGGUGUUUGUUGACAGUGGCUGACGAUCUUUGCCCGGAUAAGAAGAAUGUAUUCAAGGAGCUUAGUCUGUCGGCCCGGACUGUCACAAGGAGAAUCGAAGACAUGGGUGAACAGUCGUUGAGUACUUUGAAGGAUAGAGCCCGAGCUUUCCUGUGCUUCUCUUUGGCGCUUGACGAAAGCAAUGACGUCUCUGAUACUGCUCAGUUGCUUAUCUUUGUGCGGGGAAUCGACACCAGUUUCGAAGUGACGGAGGAGCUAGCUGCUCUAAAAAGCCUGAAGGGCACAACAACAGGAGAAGAUAUUUUUAACAAGCUAUGCGAGUGUCUGAAAAUGCUGCAGCUAAAAUGGGAAAAGCUCAAAAGCGUAACGACUGAUGGCGCAAGAAAUAUGAUUGGCUGUAAAGCAGGUGUCAUCGGACGCAUCAACUCAGAAAUGGCACGCCUGUAUCCGGAGGCCUGUUGUGCGAUCGGUAUCCCGCGAGCUUGGGUGUCUCCGUGGCAUUAG